CUACGCCACACAGAUCUCCCAAGUCCCAACUCUCCUUCAAAUCACAGUCCGUACACCCACAAUCCCACGUUCGUUCAGUCAAUGCUCAACCACCUCUACCCCUCCCCAUUAGAUGACGGAGUAAAGGAUCCCAGGAGCUACUUUAAUGACUCAAGCCCACUGGAUUGUCAAUUUUUUCAAGCUUUAAUUCACUAAAAAAGCACAUGCAGAAAGGCUUUUAGUUCCAGUUCUACUGGUUGGACUGACUGACCCCUGAUCCGGUAGCUUGUCCAAAAGCCAUGGCUGCAGCUUUAGAAUGCUGGACUAGUCGAGCUAGUGCAGAUGAGGACAUGGUGGAGCAAGUUUUGAUGAGAACCCAGGACAGAUCCGAAGCUCCUCCAGGAAACUCCAAUCCUGCAACCUCCAGUGGAGGAGCUUUUAGAGACUCUUCCACAAUGCAGAAGCGACUGCAGAGGCUGAGCCGCAAUGUGUCUGAGGCUAUUGCCUCUUUCAAGAACUCCCUUAACCUUGACUUGGUCCGUGAUCUGCCCUCGUCGACACAGAUUAGUCGUGGUGAAAAUGGCCGAAAGCACGUUUGGGCCACUGUUGUACGGAGCUUAACUCAGCUUUAUCCUGGUAGUCAACUCCCUGAAAAGCUUGUUUCCAACAUUCGCAAGCAUUAUGAUUCUCUACCAGACAGCUAUGCACAAGCUGGAUUUGAAAUGAAGGAUGUGUUUCUGCAUAUGAAAUUGGUAGAGCAAUCAAUAACGGAGGACCAGCCAGCUUUAAUGACACAAGAGGUGUCUGAUGAUGAGGCUAAUGGGUCAGUAGUCAAGCUGACAUUUGCAUGUAACUCUCCACUUUCAUGGCCAGCAAUGUCGGGUGCACUUGAUAGUGCUUCCAUUUGUUGCAAGAAAGUUCAGAUCUUUGAGAGGAAGGGAUUGACAUUGGGAAUUGUCAUGCUAUUGGUUCAAUCUGGGCAAGAAAAAUUGUUCAAAACCCAGAUUGAAAGUGCACUUAAAGUAGCUCUGAAGAAGCCAAAAAGUACCUCCAUGAAGCUGUCCUUUGGGCUUUGCGGCUGUCAGGAGGAUAAUGCAAGGGGUAGAGAGUUUGGAGAGACGGAUGAAGAUUGUGUGGAGCAGAGUUAUAGCAAUGGGAUUGAGAAUGGCAGUCCUAAGGUUCAGUUACGAGUGCCUUUACCAACUACUUCCAUUGUAGUUUCGGUUGAUGAAUGGCAGACAGUGCAAUCAGGAGGCAAUGAGAUCAGGAAGUGGUUACUAAGUACUGAUAAUCUUGAGUUUAUUGAUCAGAUUGGGGCUACUACAUUUAAGGGGGUUUAUAAGGGCAAAAGAGUUGGGAUUGAGACGCUCAAGGGAUGUGAUAAGGGGAAUGCAUAUGACUUCGAGCUUCGAGAGGAUUUAUUGGAGUUAAUGACUUGUGGGCACAAGAACAUUUUGCAUUUUUAUGGUGUUUGUAUUGAUGAAAAUCACGGGUUAUGUGUUGUGACUAAGUUGAUGGAAGGCGGAUCAGUUCAGGAUUUGAUGUCAAAGAACAAGAAGCUUCAUACUAGGGAAAUUAUGAGGAUUGCUGCUGAUGUAGCAGAGGGAAUCAAGUUCAUGAAUGAUCAUGGUGUAGCAUAUAGGGACCUCAAUACCCAGCGGAUUUUGUUAGACAAACAUGGAAGUUCUUGUUUGGGGGAUAUGGGAAUAGUGGCAGCUUGCAAAAGUACUGGUGAGGCUAUGGAGUAUGAAACUGAUGGUUACAGGUGGCUAGCUCCUGAGGUUUGUAUGAUAAUUUCAGGUGAUCCAGAGGGUGUCACAGAGACAUCAAUGAGUAACGUGUAUAGCUUUGGGAUGGUAUUAUGGGAAAUGGUUACUGGUGAGAUUGCCUAUUCUGCUUAUUCACCAGUGCAAGCCGCUGUUGGAAUAGCUGCAUGUGGGCUUAGACCUGAUAUCCCGAAGGACUGCCCCCAAAUACUUAGGGCUCUGAUGAUGAAGUGCUGGAAUAACUGUCCGGAAAAGCGUCCUCAGUUCUCAGAUAUUCUAUCAGCAUUGAGACGUCCUAUUAACAGUUGCCAUGACGUCGCUAGGUGAUAAAUCUCCUUCAUCUUCAUGCAACCUGAUCUAGGAGGAUACUGAAAGUCUGUAUAAAUUACAGCAAGUAAAUGCUGAAAUGCCUGAUAUACAUAUGCGAAGUCACCUUUUGGAUUUUCAUUAGAAUCAAAGUAUAGAUAUUAGAUACUCCUGUUUCUACUUUUCCUGCCAUAACUAUUUUUUUCUAAGAAGGGAAAAGGGUAGGGAUUCUUGUUACAUUCUUUUUGUUUUUU